AUGGACAUCCACAAGGAGGAGGCAAUGGGAGGUGAAUCUGUUGCCAAUCAGGCCAAGAUGGAAACAGAUCAAACGGAGGCGAAGACAGAGGCGGCAACGGUUUCACCCUUUACCGCGACUGAAGCCGAAUCUGCAGCUGCCGGGCGCUACGUGGGCGAGGUGAUCCACGAUAGCGACAUGAAAGCGCGAAUUCCCGGCCUGUUCACCCUCCUUCGAUGUGGCUGCUGCGAGCUCUGUGCCCUCCGUUUCCUCGGGCAACGCGUCUUCUCCCUCUAUCGCGAGCCCCUUCCCGUGCUCCGCUGCAUCAUGGAGUCGCUGUGGGCAACUCUCCCCGAGACCGAGCGCAGGUCCGAUGGCAGCGACUGGCGCGCCCGCUCACAAGCCACCGAGGCGGCUGCGUGCGUGGCUUGCCUGGGCACGUUGCAGAACGUGCAGUCGGACAAGUUCAUGGGACCGCUGCUGGCGGCUCUGACGGGAGGCACCGGCAAGUACGAGUUCUCGGACUACUCGCUCACCAUCACCAUGCCGGCCUCCACCGUCACCCGCCAAUACGCCCUCCACUACCACCUCCUCGCCACGCACAAAUUUACGGAAGAGUUUGAAGACAAGUCCACCAUCGUUGACAUCAAGGAAGCCAUGAAGUGGAUUCUGGGCCACGAGCUCCGCCGUCGCAUCGGUCUCAACUUCUCCCGCGAGUCGCUGUUUCACGUGGGGAUCAAGUACAAGCACGCGGAGACUGAGACGGAGCACCAUUUCCUCUACGACAUCGAGCAGUCGGGGAUGCGUCCCCAGCGAAAGAAGAAGCAGCAGCAGCACCGCGGCAGGCAACGCGCAGCUCCCCUCGAGGGGCACGAGGAGGCUUCGAAGCGGGACGAAAGCGACGAGGCGUCCCUCACAGCUGUGACGAAGACCCUGCGCAACCUGCCCAUGACCACCUUCAUCAAGUAUGGAGCUGUUCCCCCAGUGCCCAUCAACGAAGGGGCCAAGUGCGAACUCACGUUCUUCCACGAUUCCAUUUACCUCGCCGGACGCUACGCCAAGUUCUCGCGCGAGCUGAGCCAGUCGCCCUGGGUCGCGGACGGCGCCCGCGUGUCGGAGAGCUCCGUGCAGGAGCUCAUCACCGGACCCCUCAACAAACACUUCCAAGCCGAGGAUGAGAUUUUCUUCGUCGGGACGGGAGGACAUCGACGUGCGCAUGCUGGCGGAGGGACGGCCGUUCGUGCUGGAGGUCGUGGAUCCCCACCGGACCAAGUUCACCCCCGCACAUCAACGAGUCGACCCAUCUCGUCCGCAUCCGCGACCUCCAGCGAAUCACCAAGGAUAAGAGCACGGCGGUGCAGGCGGGCGAGGAGGACAAGAAGAAGACGUACCGAUGUGUGGUGUGGCUGGCCAAGGCCAUCACCCCCGACGACCUUCUCCCGCUCCAAAGCAUGA